AUUAAAAAAAAAGAUCCUCUGGCAUCACCGGUAGUUUCAGCUGUUUUCAUGCUACAGUUUUUUCCCAACACACACUUUACAAAAUGUUUAUUCUAUUACAUUUUGUGUUGGUUAAGUAUCAAAACAAAUGAAGAGUAGAUUAAAUUCUCGAGUUAAUCAAUUUGAGAAACGUAUAGGCGGUUACUACCAUUCCGUUCCUGGUACUUACGAAGGUGAAACUGGCGAAGACAUGCAAUUGAUUGACGACGGGGACACGUGUGGCGCAGAAGAACUGGAAAGCCUGUUCCAAGUCAAAUGCAGAAUCGGCAAUGAAUUGGCUGUAUCAUUAAAUAGUGACUAUAUACUACAUUUAGCCGCUGAUAGUUGCUUUACCCGGGUUGCAGCUGGCUUAUCAAACGCUGUCGUUCACAUCUUUGACGUUAACGUUGAACGUGCCUUCCAAAUUUCUUCAGUCGCCAGCGUAUCAACAUCGACACCAGAUGAGCGUGUAGGCAUAUGCGGCGUACGUUUUUUAGAUGAUACUCCUAAUUGCCUGUUAGUUGGCGAAAACAGUGGAAUCAUACGUUUGUACGACCUACGCACGCAAAGAGAACAAGCACGCUUCGAGGAAAAUGUCGAGCACACAGACAAUUUUUCUUAUAACGGUAGAGGCAGCAGCAUGAAUAUUCGUAAAGCCAUAAAUUGUUUUGACAGCAAUUCAAACGGACGCAUUAUUUGCACUGGUACAGAACAGUAUCAAGGCGACAGUUUCCUAUUAUUCUAUGAUGUUCGACAGCGCGAACACCUCGGUGGUUAUUUUGAAAGUCAUGAAGAUGAUAUUACUUCAUUACGUUUCCACGAUAAAAAUCCUGAUAUUUUAUGCUCCGGAUCUACUGAUGGUCUAAUCAACGUAUUCGACAUUAAAGAGGAGACUGAGGACGACGCUUUAACAGCAACCAUUAAUGUGGAAUGCAGUAUACAAAAACUGAAUUGGCAUAAAAAUAUUUAUGAACAAGAUGUAAUAUCUUGUGUCACAGAUACAAAUGAUUUUCAUGUGUACUUCGCUGAGGAAGGCGAUGUAGUAGCGAAAUUCGAUCGGUGCCAAAUAACAGCAGCGGCCAAGAGGAAAAACGAGGAUAAUUGCAUUGUUGUUGGUGCUCAUAGUAACGGGAAUGGCGACUUAUUGCUUCUAACUGGUACAAACAACAAAGGUGAAGUGUUGCGUAUUCUUCGUUUAAAUAACAAUUUGCUACCAGUGGCUGAUUUCAUUGGUAAUAGACAAAUCGUUAGAACUAGCGUUUUUGACCAGAAGAGCGGAACACUGGUGACAGGCGGAGAGUCAGGUUUUGUUACUCUUUGGACCACGGAGGGUUCGCGGAAGGAAGAUGAAGGGUUAACUAGUAGUUCAAGUGAAUUUAAAUAUAAAAAUAAAAAGUCUAAAAAGAAAACACCUUAUUAAACGAAAUUAGGCUAUUAAAAUCAAUUUAUUAAAAUUGCAUUAAAUUUGAAAAAUUAUAGAAAUAGGAUGCACACUAAUUAUCAUUGUUUUUAUAAAUUUGCUAAUUAAACAUUAAGCUUAAGCACUAA